GUAUAGAUUCUUAGAAUUGGGCUUGUUGUUUUGAUUUCAGUCCCUGAAACUAGUAAAUAGACGGAUGUGGAUAAACCUAUAAAUAUGGAACUCUACACUCUGAUGUUAGCCACUCGCCUCCAUUCUGCCAAACUACUUUCUCAUUAGCGAUCGAACUUGUGUCGAAUUUUGAGAAAACAAAACCAACACCACGAUGAAGAUGAUGAACACUCUCAUUUAUUUGGCUCUCAUGUUCUAUCUGGGAACUGGUGCUGUCGUAGAUACUGAAACAAAGAUAAGUGAAGAUGCAAUUGGAGAUGCAAAAUUUGCUUUGGAGGAAAUGAUAGCAAAACUUGAAACAGAUGGAAUGGUUCCGGAUAAUGAAGCAGCUAUCGAUACCUCAAAUGAGGAAUUGACAACUGAUGUUUCAGAGAACGAUUUGCAAAAUGUAGAAAGAAUGGGCUGCAGGUGGAGCGGAAAUUAUGGAAGAUGUUGUGCAAGAGUACGUCCUGUUCCUGCAUUCUGCAUCACUAUGACACUUCGUAGAGGCGCAAUAACGUUCAGGCUGACUGUCGGUAGACGCACAUUGAUGUCAAGAACUUUCCGAGGCAGAUUCUCCAAAACCUUCAACUUUCAUCUUGGAGUUGUAAAUGUAGGCUUCAGAAUAUCCGUAGUAAGUUUCACACGUCACAGCGUUAAGAUUUGUUUCGGGAUAUCUUACCGUGUUUUCUUUCACCAUCGCUCUAAAAGUCUCGGAUGCACCACCAAACACUUUCUUUCCAAUGAAAAUAGCCCAUUGGACGACAUGGAUGAUGUGAUGAUGAAUGCUAACUCAUUUUUGGCGUCCCAAGUUAUCGAUGCUGAGAAACUUUCCAGUUUGGAAUACAUUGAUGAAGAAAACCAAAGCGAAAAUCCUCUCGUUUGGAAAAUGAAUGCCUAGAAAAAGAUAUUCUCUGAAUUAGAUAAAAUAUGGUAGUUUUUUGCUUGAUAUCAGAGAGGUAUAUAAUAAAAUCUAAAUUUACUUUAUGAUUUAAAAUGAUACAGAAUAUACUGCAAGACAUUAAAAAGUAAAGCUGAAAGAAAACUAAGUAAAUUCACUUGAUAAGAUUAUGAAAAUAUAAGAAACCAAAAACUGUUCAAUAAAUGUUUGUUUAAUUUA